GAGACUUCUUCAGUCUCACCAGUCCAGUGCUGUUAUCCAGGCCUCCCCCAGCUGUGCCUACAGAUGCUGUGUUUUCACAACCAAGUUGAUUAUAUUGAACAUUUACACCUUUAUAAUAUACAUGUUAGAUACAAAACAUGUACUAGUAAAAACCUACGACAACAUGUUUGACCUUAUUCACCUGAAGUGACUCUUUUGCAACGCUUUGCUAAAAAACAACUUUUUCUUCUUUGAACCUUUUUACACAGAAAUACAACAGAAACAAAGUCAAUCAAACGGAGUAUCAGAGUUCAAUGACAUUUUGAGCACACACACUUUGGACCGGCUCGGGGCCACAUGGUGUCACCGGGGCCGUUAUAAACUGACCUGACAGAUGUGUUUGAUUUCUGUCUCAGAGCAGGAUGAGUGUUGUGAAGAGAGUUGCACUGCUGCUGCUGCUGCUGGCGGCCAUCAUCACCAGCGAGGCGGUGGCUCCUGAAAACUGCGAGGGUCUGAAAAAGCUGCCGACAAAUGACCUGCACGAGAUUUCCGGGGACUGGGUUCUGGUCUGGUCCGUCAGCAACAAACAAAUCGGUUGGGAUCUGAAUAUGAACCUCUCCAGCUCUCACGUGGAAUUCCGCCUCCUCCCCGACAACAACACCGUCAUGUUCACCGAGAGGAACCUGUUCUCUAACAACACGUGUAUUAACUACUACAUCAACAUGUCCCUGGAAGUCCAGCCCGACAACCACACAUUGCACACCAUCAACACCAUGGAGGAGAAGAACGGAGUCACCGUGCCGUACAACGAGUCAGGUAGUCUGGAUUUCUAUGAGACCUGCCCUGACUGUAUGAUGAUGGUCUACAAGGAACCAGAGAACAGAUUCCUGCUUAACUACAGGAGGGAGGGGAAGCACCAGGAUGUUGAGCAGAUGACAGCGGCUCACGCCGAUCACCAGCGACUGGCGGAGUGUCUGGGAUUCCCUCUUGACAAACCUUUCAUCUACGACGGAGCUGCAGAUUUUUGUCACAAGAAAUCGUCUCCAGAGGUGAUGGCAACUGUGAAACCCGAAGAAGUGAAAACACACAAACAUCCGCAAGCAAAUUAAAAUAAAAUUCUGAAACCUGGAAGUGUGUUUUUUUAUCACGUGGCUUCACAUUAUUCUUUGUUGCU